CCGUUGUAUCACUCAAUACACACACACACAGCACAGCGCCGGACUGAGAGGAUCGAGGGACUAAGAUAGGGAAACUUUGAAGACUACUUUGAAUAAGUUAAAAAAAAAAACUAAGAAGGACAAGGAAGGAAGGAAAAGUUGGACACUGGACGUGCUGUGUGCUGUGCUGUGAAGAAACCACCAUCUGCCUUUUACUCAAGAAGAAACCCACACGAAAGAAGACAUCAACGUGUGAGAGAAGCUAAGCACUUACAUCAUUGUCUACAACUUCUAUUAAAGCCAAUUCAAGAUGGCACCCAAGAAAAAGGCCUCUCGUCAGAAGAAGCCAGUACUGGAGGAUGUGUCUCCGGCUCCUUCCCUGGAACCAGUAGCUCCCCUGAAAGUGGAGAGCCGUGGGGAUGGGGUGGUGGUUGUGGAGAGUGGAGUGAAGAAGAUUGAGCAGAUGGCAGCACUUGAUAUUGCCCAGUUGAACAGCCUGAACCUGCCCCUGCCUCCGCCCGUGAUCAAGCCCGGAGAGAAGGGCCUGGGUCUGGGGAGCGAGCUCACGCGACCCCUGCACGGCUCUGCUCUGCUGGAGGAGCUCAGCAAGAUGAGACAGGAGAAGUUCCUGACUGAUCUGGAGCUGGCCUGUAAAACCAAAGCCUUUGACGUUCACAAACUGGUGAUCUCCUCCAUCAGUCAGUACUUCAGGGAGAUCCUUGCCAAAGAUCCAAACAUGAAGAGACUCGAGCUGCCCUCUCUCUCUCCUCUGGGUUUGGCCAAUGUGAUCACUUUUGCCUAUUUGGGUCGCGUGCACAUGUCCCUGUACACCAUUGGCUGCACUGUCUCCGCUGCGGCCACGCUCCAGAUUCCGCAGUUGUUGAAGAUGUGCAUGGACUUCCUGUUGGCGGAGCUGAAUGUGCAGACUUGCGUUUACAUCUGGAACAUUGCUGCGGCCUACGGACUGAGACCCGUGUGUGAUGCUGCACGCAAAUUUGUGCUGGAAAACUUUGUGCAGUUUUCCGAAACGCCGCUCUUCACUCAACUCACUCUGGAACAGAUUGCAGCAUUUAUUCAAGACGAUAACCUGAUGCUGCCCUCUGAGGUUACUGCAUUUCAGCUGGUGAUGAAGUGGUUGGACUUUGACUCCUCUCGUCAGCCCCAUGCGGCGGAGCUUCUGUCUCACGUGCGCUUUGAGACCAUCCCGGCCUCGGAGCUGGUCAGUCAGAUCCAGCCUGUACCCAGGAUGAUGCUGGAUCCACAGUGUCACCGCCUGCUGGUCGACGCUAUGAACUAUCACCUGCUGCCAUACCAACAGAACACACUGCAGUCACGCCGCACCCAGGCCCGUGGCAGCCAGCCCACUCUGCUCACCAUUGGUGGGCGCCCUUCUCUCACUGAGCGCGCUCUCAGCAGAGAGGUGCUGUGGCGGGAUCCUCGUGAUGGGACAGCGAGCUGGAGACACCUGACACAGCUGCCGGCAAAGAGCUUUAACCAAUGUGUGGCGGUGAUGGACGGGUUUCUGUAUGUGGCUGGAGGAGAGGACCAGAAUGACGCUCGCAACCAGGCCAAGCAUGCAGUCAGCACCCUCAGCAGAUAUGACCCUCGCUUCAACACCUGGCUGCACCUGGCCAGCAUGCGUCAGCGCCGUACGCACUUCUCCCUGGCUGCCUCUGGAGGACGCCUGUUUGCCAUCGGCGGCCGCAAUGUGGAGGGCCUUCUGGCUACGACUGAGAGCUACCUGCCCUCAACAAACACCUGGCAGAUGAAGACCCCCAUGGAGGUCCCCCGCUGCUGCCACGCUAGCUCCACCCUGCCCUCUGGAGACAUCUUGGUGACUGGAGGGUACAUCAACUGCGCCUAUUCCCGCUCCGUGGCCUGCUACAAGGUCGACACUGAUACUUGGGUGGAGAGGGCCCCCAUGGAGACCCCACGAGGCUGGCACUGCUCCGCUACACUAGGAGGAAAGGUGUAUGUGGUUGGAGGGAGCCAGCUGGGUCCUGGAGGGGAGAGAGUGGAUGUUCUGUCUGUGGAGGUCUACUCUCCCGAAAGUGGCACCUGGAGCAGGGCCGCCCCACUGCCACUGGGCGUCAGCACUGCAGGCCUUUCCCCUCUGUCUGAAAAGCUGUACCUUUUGGGAGGCUGGAAUGAGGCAGAGAAGCGUUACAAAGCGGCAGUGCAGAGGUACGACCCGGGCACUGAUAGCUGGUCCAUGAGUGAAGACCUCCCUGAGGCCACUGUGGGCGUGUCCUGCUGUACCUUGAGUCUGCCCCCUCGAAAUACCCCCCGAAAUGCCCCUCGACGUCAACACCGCAACAACCCGGGACACGAGAUGCAAGAACCCAAAAACCGGAGCAGAGAGAACAGCCAGACACCAGCCAUAAUCAACACAGCAUAGAGAGAAAGAGACAAGGGAAAUAGACUAUACAAGAGAUGGGCUCUGGAAAACAAGGCCACCAUCAAUUUGAUCUUAUGUCAGUAUCUAUGCAAUUUCAUUAGUUAAAUUACUUGAAUUUGGAAUAUUAAUGUUAACUUAAUCAUCUAUUUUAUUAUUUAUUUAAAGCAGGUUAGAUAUUUAAUGAUCAUGAUAUAUAAAGCCAAAAAAGUAAACAAAAAUUGUUUAUGCACUCUAAUGUUAAAUAAUUAAAUCUUGGGGACUGUGCCUAUAAAAUAUUGUACAAUGGCCCAAUCUAUUAAAUUAAAUAUAGGCCUAUUUGUUAAAACUUGUACCUCUUUGAGCCUAUUUAAAUAUUUAUGGAAAUGUCAUCUAAACAUUUAGAAAACAUGAAUAUGAUGUAAAGUUAAUAAAGAAUCAUUUCAAUGCAGUAUUUGUUAUAAUUAUGCUAAUAAUUAUGAGGUAUGUAAUUAAUUAUGUAAUCUUUAGUAUUUAUUUAUACCAGCCAAGUAUAAAGCUUAGAGUUAACAUGGGAGACAGUGCUUAACCUCAUCUUUCUCAUGGGAAGUCAUGCUCAUAGUACUAGCCUACAUUUCCAAUUUAUGCUAGAAAUUUGUGGUUACCGAGCAACAAAUGUUUCCACGGUCACAUUUUCUACCAUUAGAUUUUUUGACAAGUUUAUUUACAAAGGAAAUAGAAAAAUGUUACACAAUAACUGUUUUGUUUUUUUAAAGAUUUUAUUAUUUCUGUGGUAAUAUUUGAACUUCUGGUCAAUGUAGUGUUUCCAUGGAGACUAAAAUCCAUUCAUGUUGCCUACAACAUAUAAAAAUAGAUAUGUUUAUGCUUCAAAGUAUAAAUAAAAAGUAAAAUU